GGGGGAGAGAGAGAAAAAGGAACUGGGUGGGAGUUGUGUUGUUUUAGCUUUUUUUUUUUUUUUCCCUUUACCCCCAGUGUGGAAUCGAAGCCGUCCCUGUUGCCUGUGCAUAUCACAAGCUUUGGUCUCUCCUCUCUUUUCUCUCCGAGCUGCUGUAGGACUGGCUAUGGCCACCACCACUUCCGGGAUCCGUCAUUUCAUUCGYCCACCGCUCAGCGCUGCGAACUGACUCUGUUUCUAUAAGCAAGCUAGCAGCCAACCUGCCAACACUCGCUGACACUCACUCAUCUCAGUCUCGCCCGAUAGACGAAAUACCUACRGGGAGGAAAGAAAGAAAAGGAGAGAUCCGAAUCGCACUUUGUUAAUUUCUACACCAUUUUUUUCUCCUCUUCUUCUUUUUUUACAGUGAUAAUAAAAACAAGAUUGCGAUCUGGAGGCAUUAAAGGAGACGCGGACUUGCGGGAUGAAAACGGACUAAACAAGCUUCGCCCUUCUCCUGAACAUCAUCACCAACCGUCAUUCAUUCAUUACCUUGACAACCUCUGGCUUUGAUUGACAGCUGGAGUGGCAAAAAGCCAUGAGACACGACAGUUUAGUUCCAUGCAGGUUGUUGAUGGGCUGAUUGUAACCUUCACUUUGGCGCAAUUUUCUUCCCUUUUCUUUUUUUUCUUUUCAAGAAGAGGAAAACAAGACGAAUCGGCAAAACUUUCACCCAUGCAACGAUUUCAAGUCAACCAGACUGGCGAAUAGGACGAUUCGCAAAGUUGUUUUGAAACAGGAAUCGUGCCACUAAAUCACUUUCUGAGCCGGGACUGGGAUAUUAAAUAUACGGACCGAUUCGGGAGUUUAUUGGAGCGCAGCCUGAUGGCGCAACGGUACGAUGAGCUGGCCCAUUAUGGCGGGAUGGACGGAGUCCCGGCGUCCAUGUACGGGGACCCGCACGCUCCCCGGCCGCUUCCCCAGGUCCACCACCUGAACCACGGACCGCCGCUGCACGCCAGCCAGCACUACGGAGCCCACGCUCCCCACCCGAACGUCAUGCCCACCAGCAUGGGCUCCGCUGUCAACGACGUUUUAAAACGGGAUAAAGAUCAAAUUUACGGUCACCCUUUAUUCCCUCUGCUCGCGCUGGUUUUUGAGAAAUGCGAGUUGGCGACGUGUACUCCGAGGGAGCCCGGCGUGGCAGGCGGAGACGUCUGCUCCUCAGACUCCUUUAAUGAGGACAUCGCAGUUUUUGCCAAACAGGUCCGAGCAGAAAAGCCUUUAUUUUCAUCAAAUCCAGAGUUGGAUAAUUUGAUGAUACAAGCCAUACAAGUAUUACGGUUUCACCUCUUGGAAUUAGAAAAGGUGCAUGAGCUCUGCGACAACUUUUGCCACCGGUACAUCAGCUGUUUGAAAGGAAAAAUGCCAAUAGAUCUAGUUAUUGAUGAGCGAGAUGGCAGCUCAAAGUCAGACCACGAAGAACUUUCGGGAUCGUCGACCAACCUCGCAGAUCACAACCCAGCUUCCUGGAGAGACCACGAUGACGCCACUUCCACACACUCAGCCGGCACGCCGGGGCCCUCCAGCGGGGGACACGCUUCACAGAGCGGCGACAACAGCAGCGAACAAGGAGAUGGCUUAGACAACAGCGUUGCGUCGCCUGGCACGGGGGAUGACGAUGACCCAGACAAGGACAAGAAGAGGCAGAAAAAGCGCGGCAUUUUCCCCAAGGUGGCCACAAACAUCAUGAGGGCGUGGCUUUUUCAGCAUCUCACGCACCCCUACCCCUCUGAAGAGCAGAAGAAGCAGCUAGCCCAAGACACAGGCCUCACCAUCUUACAAGUAAACAACUGGUUUAUUAACGCCAGGAGAAGAAUAGUACAACCCAUGAUCGAUCAGUCAAAUCGAGCAGGUUUUCUUCUUGAUCCUUCAGUGAGCCAAGGAGCAGCAUACAGUCCAGAGGGCCAGCCAAUGGGCAGCUUCGUGCUGGAUGGUCAGCAACACAUGGGGAUCCGACCAGCUGGGCCUAUGAGUGGAAUGGGGAUGAAUAUGGGUAUGGAUGGACAAUGGCACUACAUGUAACCUCCAUCUUGGAAUGCAAAGAAAAAGGGGGAAGUCUGCCAGUCAUGCCGGGGGAGUUUGUACCUCAGAGCAGUCCAAUGUGAAUGAGCAUGGGCCCACCCACCUUCAUCCACUCUCAUCAGAUGACUUCACACCACUCCCACCACUGACCCGGGCACCCUCUUUACCUUCUGGAUCAUCCCCACGCUCCCCACCAUCAUCACACCAUGCUGAUGCACGGAGGACCCUCGUCGAAMCCAGGAAUGACCACGUCUGCGCAGAGACCCCCCUUUUUUUUUGCUCACUCCCAUUGAUCCCAGUACUGGAGGACAAGGCCUGGUCAUCCAAGCCCAAUAGUAAAGGGAACUUUGCUACAACAACAGCAGCUACUACUACUACACACACACACGCACACAAAAAACAAUUAAGAAAAAAAAUCAGCCCACCAUAAAACCUAUUUUGAGACUAUUUUUAAGAAUUGAAACAAACCUUUUUGACCAGAUUUGACACUACACAAACAGAAUUCCAGAUGAGCUGUGAUUCUUUCUUUUUUUUUUCUUUUUAAAACUUGUUAAUUUUGAUACUUUCAUCCAAACAGAGGACCAAGCUGACAAGAACA